CUAACAGUGUAAUGAACUUUAGAGGGUGCGGGAUAAAUCUGCGGAGCGUGAAGUGCUCAGUGACCUUUGGGGGGACACGGUCCUUUUACUGUAUUAACCGUGGUCUGUGAUGCACCGAACGCCCGGGGGAACUUGCCCCUAUGAUUCUCAACGAAGGUUAAGGGAUUCGGAGAAUAACUUGUUUUUGGAGAUCUUUCUGCUAAACCGUAUCCUGCCUUUGUAGACCAGCGCCAAGAUGGCAUGUGAUAGCCCAGAGUCUCUGAUGACCAUUUGCACAGACUACUGUCUCCGGAACCUGAAGGGCACUCUCUGCUAUCUGUUAGAUAAUGAGACCCUUCGUCUGCAUCCAGACAUUUUUCUUCCAAGUGAAAUUUGUGACAGGCUUGUGAAUGAGUACAUUGAACUGGUGAAUGCAGACAGCAGCUUUGAGCCCCAUGAGAGCUUCUUCACCCUAUUCUCUGAGCCACAGAGCACACGGCUCACCCGACUUCACCUGCGGGAGGACAUUGUGCAAGAUCAAGAUCUGGAAGCAAUCCGAAAGCAAGACCUCGUUGAGCUCUACUUAACUAACUGUGAGAGGUUGACCGCUAAAAGUCUGCAGACUCUGUCACGUUUCAGCAACACCCUGGUGUCUCUCAGCUUGUUUGGCUGCAUCAACAUAUUCUUUGAGGAGGAGAAUCUAGGAGGAUACGAUGAGAACGAUUGUCUAGUGAACCCCACUCGCCAGGUCUUGGUCCGGGACUUCACAUUCCAAGGUUUCCAGCAUUUGCGCUUCCUGAAUCUUGGCUGCAUUACCAAAGGGAUCAAUGUUGAGAUGAUGUUGCAGCCUUUGAUCUGCUUGAAAGCCCUAAACCUGUCAGGCAUUCAGCUCAAUGAUGUGGGCUUCUUGACCCAGUGGAAGGACACUCUUGUGUCUCUGGUGCUAUACAAUAUGGACCUGUCUGAAGAACACAUCCGGGUUAUAGUGCAGCUGCUGAAGCUCAGGCACCUGGAUAUCUCUCGGGAUCGUCUGUCCAGUUACUACAAAUUCAAGCUGACACGUAAAGUGCUGAGCCGCUUUGCAGAGAACCUUGAAGACCUUGUCUCUUUAGAUAUCUCAGGUCAUAUGAUGCUGGAAAACUGUGCAGUCUCCAAAAUGGAUGAAGAGCUGGGUCCUCCCAGCAAUGACCUCUGUAAGAGCAGUAUUGCGCCGUUUCGUGCAUUGAAAAGGCCUUUACAGUUCCUGGGUCUGUUUGAAACCUCCCUGUGCCGCCUGAUGCACAUUCCAGCCUACAAGGUGAGCGGUGACAAAAACGAAGAACAAGUUCUGAAUGCUAUUGAAUCAUACACUGAACAUCGUCCUGAAAUAACAUCUCGUGCUAUCAACCUCCUGUUUGACAUUGCGCGUAUUGAGCGCUGCAACCAGCCACUGCGAGCGCUGCAGCUGGUUAUUGCAGCUCUCAAGUGUCACAAAUAUGACAAAACAAUUCAGGUGACAGGGAGUGCCGCCCUGUUUUAUUUGACCAACUCUGAUUACCGCAGCGAGCAGAGUGUACGGAUAAGGAGACAGGUCAUCCAGGUGGUUCUGAAUGGAAUGGAGUCCUAUCAGGAGGUCACGGUGCAGAGGAACUGCUGCCUAACCCUGUGUAACUUCAGUAUCCCAGAAGAACUUGAGUUUCAGUAUCAGAGGGUAAAUGAACUGCUCCUAAACAUCCUAAUCCCCACGCGGCAGGAUGAGUCCAUCCAGCGCAUCGCUGUCCAUCUCUGCAACGCCCUUGUCUGCCAGGUGGACAAUGACCACAAGGAAGCUGUUGGCAAGAUGGGUUUUGUCAUGACUAUGCUGAAGCUAAUACAGAAGAAGUUGCAAGACAAAAUGUGUGACCAAGUCAUGGAAUUCUCUUGGAGCGCCUUGUGGAAUAUUACAGAUGAGACUCCAGAUAAUUGUGAAAUGUUUCUCAACUACAGCGGCAUGAAGCUAUUUCUGGAGUGCCUAAAAGAAUUUCCAGAGAAGCAAGAACUUCAUCGCAACAUGCUCGGGCUGCUGGGAAAUGUAGCAGAAGUGCGUGAGCUACGUCCGCAACUGAUGACCUCACAGUUCAUUACAGUUUUCAGCAACCUCUUAGAGAGCAAGGCGGAUGGCAUUGAGGUGUCGUACAAUGCCUGCGGUGUGCUGUCACACAUCAUGUUUGAUGGCCCUCAGGCAUGGUUCAUUGGAGAACCUACUCGGCAGGAGGUGGUGGAUCGAAUGUGGGGGGCUAUCCAGAGCUGGGACCUCAAUUCCAGAAGAAACAUUAACUACAGGUCAUUCGAGCCAAUUCUUCGGCUCCUUCCUCAGAGCGUCGCCCCUGUUAGCCAGCACUGGGCAACGUGGGCUCUAUAUAACCUUGUGUCUGUAUAUCCUGAUAAAUACUGCCCUUUGCUGAUCAAGGAAGGAGGGCUGCCUCUUCUGAUAGAUGUCGUCAGCAUGGCUUCAAGCCACCAGGAAACUAAAGACAUGGCCAGGAAAGUCCUUGACCAUUGCAGUAAUUAUAACGAGGAAGGGAUGGAUACUAUGUUAUGAGGAAAAGCUACUCAAUAAAAGACUGAGUUCUUCACAGAGAACGGAAAAGCUAAAGAGUUCCCUGUCUGUCUCUGGUCUGGAGAGAGGACUCAUUUGCACAAGAGAGUCUUUUUAUUCGUGGUUCAUUUUGUUGGUUAUCUAUAACUUUGGGUGUGAUUGCAGCAGAAGAAAACUGAAAACGCGCGUAGGCUUCCAUGGAAGCUGCGCUUCAGAGGCCUCUCAUUUUCUCUGGCAGACUUUCUAGGGAUUGGGUAAAAAGGCACUUUAGCAGCAGUUAAUCACAUACACAACUCAAGGUUGUUCACUGACUUGCUUAAAACCCAGAAAGCAAUGUGGUAGAAUUGUAAUAUACAGAUAUUGUUCACCUCAAUAACCAUCACAAGAUAUUAGUAAAUCUGUAAAUACUUCCCCCAAUGAGAGAACACGGGAGAGAGAGCACUGCUUUGUGUUUUACACUACACUCUCUAGUACGUUAGGGUUACAAGCAGUUUGUGAGAUUGUGUGCUCCUUCACAUCAUACACGCAGUUUUCUGGAAUUAUACGAAUGGGUUUCAUUGGCUUUAUUUUUGUGGAAUUCUAGGUCCUGUAUUCUGAACAUUCCCAGAAGUUCAGGCUAAGAGUGACAAAGGCUAAUGACACCAAUAAAGUGUUUAGUGUUGCUCAACUGACACUGUCAUGCAAAGAAACAUUUGUUAUUGAGACCUAGGACUGAAAAUGAUCAUCUGCAAUUCCAUAGCGUUCAUAACAUAUUCUAUUCCAGCACACACAUUGCUUACGUCAUAGCAUGUUAAAUCAUUGCAACAAAAACAAUAUAGAAUCCCCUUUUCUUUUAAAAAUCUAAUGUAUUUACUGUGCUGUUUAGGCCAUAAUAGGUCUAUGCCAUUUCCUGACGUAGAUCAGUCCCAUCACUACCGGGAGAGUAAAGUGUAUUUGUAUCUGGCUGCUCUUUCUCAUAUGGAUGAAAUUGUUCUUAUGGUCACAGUGCCAAAGCAGCUUUGGGUGAAUUAUUUUAGCUGCUGGUUCGCGUUGUUAGUGCUAACUCACAGGUGGAAGCUAUAAUGCUGCCCUCUCGAGGGUUAACAAAGAAUACUGCUGUUUGCAUUACGAGGUGUACUGCCUAAGCAAUAUGUUAGUAAUGCUCUUUAAUCCGUAUGAAUCCUGUAAGUAUAUGUAUAAAUAUAUAUAUUUUUUCUCUUUGCUUUAAGUGUUAUGAUUUAAUUCUUCUUACUUAUUUUCUCCCCCCCCCCCCCUUGCAUCCAACUGUUUCCAAGUGUUCCUUAGCAGAUCUGCACUGGCAGCAGAAACCAGUGAGGCAGAGUGAUCAAGGGCUCUUGCAAAACGCUCCCCUUAAUACCGUGGCAUUGGUGAGAGAUCAGUAUAGCUGAAUAUGGGGUGCUUCUGUAUCUCCUCGGAUAGCUUCAGCUGAUGAUUUUUAUGGCUGAACAUUUGAAUAGUAAUUCGGAAGCCUUGUUGCCAGAUAAAGGCCCUGAUGUUCUAUCUAGCACACCUUUUUGUUAUUUUAUCAAAUGUACAUCUUAUCUCCUGAUUUGUAAAGAACAUUCAGAAUCAAGCAGAUUAUCUUGAGAACUAACCACAAGACCUCAUAUCCACUCAUUUGUAAGGGCCCGUGUGCUGUCCGCAGACAGUAAAAUGAGAGAGACGUGUUCCAUGCCAUGUGCAGUGUGUUUUGUAAAAGGAUACAAUUAUCAAUGAAGUCAAUAAACUUCCAUUAUAAGAAA